CUAAUCAAGUCGACUUAUAACUGCAAUCAACAACUUUGAUCAGAAUAAUGUUCCGAGUACUUUUUGGAAUCUUCGCAAUCGCCAUGUGCGUUGUCAAUGCCACAACUGUUCCCGGCUGUGCUAGCUCAUGCGAUUGCUCUCGGGUUAGCAGAAUUAUCUUCUACGGUCUGGAUGAGGGUAUAUGUCGUCCCUUCUACAACUAUUGCUUCAUGAGAAGGGAAAAUGAUGCCAAGAUCAAGAGCGGCCUAGUGCCUGUUCUGCCUCUGCAUGGAUAUGAUGAGUGCAAGCCAUUUAUUGUUAAGAAGUGCCCCAACACUAAGGUAAUUGCUGAGAUCUCAUAUCCUGCACCCUGUGGCUGCCCCUACAAAUCUGGACCCAUUACCAAUCAGACAUUCGACAGCUUGUGCCAUUUGCAGAAGUACUCAUUUGAGUCUGGCAAUCCUUACUUGGGCUGCUGGAUGGCGGAAGAUUUUUCCAAAUGCUAUUAAUCUGACCUGAUGCUUGUGGCGUUUAAUAAUGUUAACGAUUUCUAAUUGAAUAAAGUUUUCUCAUGUUGCAUACAUA